CAACUAUGGAAGACCUUAUUUAUGUGGACGAGCUAGAGUUUGAUGAUGAAGAAGACACAAUGGUGCUCUCUCAAUCUCAAAGAAAGAUCAUUUGGGAGGAAAAACAGAGGAAUUUUGAUAUAAAUUCAGUCCUCCAACAAUUUUCUUUGAAGAAAGAGCUAUUCAUUAUCCAUAAAGAAGAAGACAUACAUAAUUUCUAUGAUAUAGAAGAUAAGAUACUAGGAGAAGGUUCUUUUGGGGUCGUCCGGAGAGGUGCUGAUAAGGACACAGGUGAAAUCAGGGCGAUAUAAAAUCCAUCAAAAAGUCCAGGAUCAGGAGCAAGACUAGGCUUCUGAAUGAGCUCAGCACAUUAAAGACAUUAGAUCAUCCUAACAUUGUGAAAUUAUUUGAAGUCUAUGAAGACAGUGAAAGUAUCCAUUUAGUCAUGGAAUAUUGCUCUGGAGGUGAACUUUUUGAUCAGAUUUUGGGUCAAUAGAAACUCUUGAUGAGCAUAAAACUUGUGGUAUAAUC